UCUUAAAGCCCGUCACAUGACACUGAUGUCAGUUUGUGCUGAAGCUGCGGUGAUAAAGUGUUAAAAGGCGAGCUAAAUUAACUUCUCAGCUAGCAAAUAUACACCAUACAAAGUUUAAACGUGGUGCCAGAAACGUCAGUGUUUUUGUUACCAGAACCAGAGCUUUAUCAUCUCAGUAAAUCCAGUGCGCUUGAGUAUUAUUUCUCCCUUUGCUGUUGUUGUUACGCUAACGUUAGCUUAGCUAGCACAACAUCUUGCUAAGCUAGCCAGUUAGCCGCUUCUUGUUGUUUGUGUCCCUGAGAAGCAACUGGAGUGUUACCGAAGAGAGAAGCAUGACUCAGAUCGGUGCUGUUCAGUCAUGGUGGCUGGGAUUAACGUUACAGUUGAUUUUAGCUGGCGUCCUGCUCCAGGGCUUUGCUGCUGGUCAGACAACGGAGCCCAUGAGACCUGAGAAGGGUAACUAUGUGGUGAGCAGCAGCAACGGGACGGCCUGUUUACUGGCCUCCAUGGGUCUCCAGCUCAACAUCACCUUCAACUCCGUGUCCCAGAAUAAGACUGUGCGGAAUAUUGUGAACCUCCAGCCGAAUGUGACAAAGUCCUCUGGAUCAUGUGACACAGACACCGCCUCCCUGCGACUCUCAACAGAUGCAGAGAAGACCAACCUCAACUUCUUCUUCUCACUGAAUACUACGUCCAAUAAGUACCACCUGAGUAACGUGUCUCUGUCUGCAGCCUGGCCAGACAUGAAAGAGCCCGUCUCGGCUGAUAACAGCAGUCUGGACUUCCUGCGCGGCACCCUGGGGUUCUCCUACAUGUGUCGUGAGCAGCAGACUCUGACCGUGUCCCCGGAUCUGUCCAUCAACACCUUCCAGCUGCAGGUGCAGCCCUUCGGCGUCUCAGGAGAUCAGUUCGGAGCAGCUGAGGAGUGCCAGUUGGAUGAAGACGACAUGUUGAUCCCCAUCAUCGUCGGAGCGGCUCUCGCGGGUCUCGUCCUCAUCGUGCUGCUGGCGUACCUCAUCGGCCGGAAGAGGAGCCACGCCGGCUACCAGACCAUCUGAGGUCACAUGACUCAGGGCAGAGCGUGCUUACCCCCACCCCCCCCGAGAUUAACCACUGUUUUAUGAGACUAAACACUCCACCCUGUGCCCCCCCUCUCCCCCGCCACCCCUCCACCCCUCACCCUCCCUGCCUGUGUGUGCUGUUCUUAGCCUUCAUCAGUAACGCUAGUCAUCAUCACUUAGUGCAGGUUGAUUUGCUCCUUCUGAACUGACCCGCUCAUUUGUAAAAAAAAAAAAAGAAAAAGGAAAGGGGCUUUGUUAGGAGAUUGUAAGGAAGUGAAGGAAAACUGGUACUUUAAGGGAGGGGGCGGAUGUUGAUCAGAGGUUAGCGUUCUCAAUAUGUAAUGUACUAUUUAUGAUUUCUGUGAAAGGAAUUUUGAGGGAUUGUGUGAUUUUGAGGAAAUGGCUACUCUAGCUUUUUCUUAUCGGCUUUAAGGCGACCAUUUUUAGUGGUCUUGCCUUUAAUGAAGUUUGUUAAUAUAUAAAAGGGAAUAUAUCUGGCAGUCCACUUCAGACUGAAAUGAUCUGACGUUUUUUUAUUGUAACUCUACAUUUAGCCCAAGUUUGCAGAUUUUAUGUAACACACCUUAAACACAUUAACCCGACUCUAAAAAGGAUAUGCAAGAAGUCCCCUUCGUAGCGUGAAUUUUAUUUUAUUUACUAGGAUUAGUUAUUUUCCUCUUUACGGUACUCGGCACAUUUUGUAUGGAGACUGAAGAUGCAGUUGUGAACUUUUUGUAAAAUAGUUGGUUCCAUUUGAAAGAAUAAUUCAACAUUUUGGGGGAAAAAACAAGAUGGAUACCACUCGGAUACCAUCUGCACAGUAAAUGUAAAGCUACAACCAGCAGCUGGUUAGCCUAGCUUAGCAUAAAGGCUUGCAACAGCGGGAAAUGGCUCGCCUGGCUCUGUCAAAGUAAAUCCAAAAGCCUACCAGCACUUCUAAAACUUGCCUAUUUACUCUGUUGAUUCAUCUGUGCAAUGAAAUAUUCUGUAGCACCUAACCCUCCCAUUUAUCCACAAUGUCACGUUUUGUAUAGAACAAAUCAAUCUUGGAUAUAUUGUGCUGAAUGAGGUGAUGGUGGGCAGAUUUCUUAACUUUUGACAAGCAGUGCUAACUGAUCCUCCCGUUUCCUGUCUUUAUACUAAGCUAAUUUAAUCAGUUCAGAAAUGAGAGUGGUUAUCAUCUUCUUCUUUCUUAUGUAACUCUUAUGUGGCUUAUGUGGAUGUAAAAGCUCAGGACAUCACUGUUGAGUGUACAAAUGUUGAUAUGUUACACUCCACCGGGUGGUUUUGUUUGUUUUCUUUUCCACUUGGGUUUUUGCUUCUGAAGUGAAAGAAGUUGCACUAAUGUUCUGACAAACAGCCCCAUGUAAUGAUUCAAGAGGCCAAAAUGCUCCGGUCAGUGUUUAUCAGUGCCUUCCCCGCAGUGACAUAGAUAGGAUGAAAGUAAAGCCAAUACCACAGAGGGACUCACUCACUGACACCGUGUGCUGCCAUGUCGAGACUCUGUGUCUCACUAAGCCUUCAUGUACCGUUACUACCAUAGAAAUGCAUUGUUUGAUGUUGUAGGAGAAAGUAAAGAUAUUAUUUUCCAUGUUUUUUUCUCCCUCAUCUAAAUAUUCAUGUAGUUAUUUAAUAAGGUUUUAAUGGAUUUGUUUGAACUGUUUGUUUUCUAAAGAAGAGGUCAAUAAAACUGAAUGAACGAGA